AUGGUGCGGACGUGGGCGACGUCGCGCUCCUCGCGCGUGAGGAGGCGGGAGAGGAGCUUCGACCUGCCCCACGCGGACUCGCGGUCGCGGUCGCGGUCGUGCUGUGCGUCUUUGCGGGCCCUGCGGGGGGCGGGGGGCGGCGAGGAGUGCUGGGAGCGCGACGGGGUGCUCCGCGAGUGGGAUGGCGCGGACGGGAGGGUGUCGCUGGAGGACGACGAUGGCUCGUGGGUGUCCAUCUUCGGGAAGGGGAAGUCUAUGGCAGGCAUACGCCAGGGCGCCGACGGUGUUACGUGGGAGAACACUCAGAUCCGGGGUGCGGGGAGCGAAGGCCAGCACGUACAAGCUGUCGCAUGCUCGCCCGCGUCGUUCAUGUAG